AAAAAUCUCCAUAUUCUUACGAAUAGUCGUCUUUGGAAAUUAAUUCCAUUGUUGAAACAAACUCCAUAAUCUCAACCCUCCCUUUCUCUCUCUCUCUCACUCUCUCACCAUUUCUUUAUCCAUCCUUCCAUCUUCUUGAUCAAAGAUUUUCCCCAAUUUGAUCAUCUUGUUAGUUGCAUUCCAUCUUUGAUUCUCUUGAUCAUCAGAAAAGCAUCGAUUGACGGCUGGAGUCGGUCGAACGAGAAUCCACGGGAUCGAGGAAUGAAGAUCAUCAUCAGUUGGUGCUAAAAGAAGAUCGAAUACAACUGAGCCUCUGAUUAUAUAUCUCAAGGGUUUUGUAUUAGUAGUAAUGGCCUUAGAAGGAUAGUGUCCAUUCUAAGACAACAUGGCAUCAUCAGAUUCCUUGGAGAACCUGUCCUCGAUCGACUUGAACGAGGAGGCCGGAAGCAAUGUAGUAGGCGAUCCCACGAUUGAAAUGUCGGGCAUAGACGACACCUCCAAAUCUGAAGAUGGCAAGGAUAAGAAGAAUGCAGUUCGCCAAUACGUUCGAUCCAAAAUGCCGAGGCUUAGAUGGACUCCAGACCUUCAUCUCUCCUUUGUUCAUGCCAUUGUUAGACUAGGUGGCCAAGAACGAGCCACUCCUAAAGCAGUGCUUCAAUUGAUGAAUGUGAGAGGAUUGAGCAUCUCUCAUGUCAAGAGCCACCUGCAGAUGUAUAGAAGUAAGAAGCUGGACGAAUCCGGACGAGUAAUAGGUCAAGCAAAUAGGGUUUACAUUCAAGGGAGAGGCUACUUCUCUACCUCAUCAUCAGCUUACACUGAAAAAUGCAGCCCAUUUCAUGAGUUGAGAAUGGAGAAUGGUGGGAUUGUCUUUGCAAAGAAUUCGAAUAAUCAGCUCCAUUGCUCCGUUCCAUUUCCACAAAACUUGAAAUCCCAUCUCAGUUAUGAUCAGAUCAUGCCUCUAUCUUCUUCCAGGUAUCAUCCAUGGGCUUCAUAUCGCCAUGAACCGAAAGUUAGGAUUGAAUCCGGCCGGAUCCAUGCAUUGCGCGAGAGCUACUCGAACAACGGACCACUCAUGCCGAGCCAGUUCCUCCAAGGGAGAAAAUGGCCUUCUAGAGAAUACAUCCAUAACCAAUCCAAAGACAAAGAAAUCUCCAAAUCCAACAACAUUUGGAUCAAUUCAAGAUCACCACAAUCUCGAUGGAAUAGUAAUUCAAUCGAUAGCAUCAGGAUCAAUCAUCAAAAAUCGCCUCACGAAUCCAAGGCAUUCAAUCUCGAGAAUUCCUUGAGGCUUCAGAUGAAUGAGGAUUUAAAACUAGGAUUGAGCCUCAGUUUAACCAGCAAUAGCAAGGAUGGCGCGGAUCAUUCGGAUAUUAACACGAAGCUUUCGCUUGCUCUAGCCCCUCACUCAUCUACUGCAACAUAGCUAUAAUUUGAUGUUUUUUGAUAUAUUAUUCGAUCAUAUAUAGCUGAUGAAUAAUAUGCACAUUUUAUAGAAUAUAUACAAAAAAGUGGCUUUAGUACUUGAGAUCUGACCGUGUAUGCUUGAGAGCAUGGUAGUGAGAUCUUAUAAGUACUUAGUCUUUUAGAAGGAUACACUUAGAAAUUAGGUGCAUUUUUGCAUUGAGAGACAUGAAUAAAAUCAUCUGUAUUUUUAUUUUUCUUCAUGUGUAAUCUCAUGACUUACUCUUUUGAACUUUA